GAGCGCGCCCCCCCUGGCCGAGGAAGGUGAGCGAGUGUCUGGAGGGGAGGACUCGGGAGCGCGGCCAGCCGAGGGAUCGAUCGGAUUAAACUCGAUUUGAGUGAAAUUAACACAAAGGAGAGAAGAGCAACGCACACUAGCCGGCGAGGUCGCGGAUGCGAGAUACGCCGCAGAAAUAUUUCCUGAAAGAACAGCAAAACUUGAACUUUUUCCCUCUGUUUAUUUAUAUUUCGAACUGAAAAAAAGGACCACGGUGGAUUUUUUUUUUUUUCUCAAGCAAGCGGAGAUACUAACGAGGAGUUGAUUUGAUAAAAGCCCGAAGUGACCGAGCUUGUUGGGAACCUUAAUGAGGACGAUGGAGUGGAAUGCUUCAAAUUAGUGGCUAGCUCUUCACAUCACAGCACACCUCCCAUCUGUGGGCCCACCACCCAGCCAUGGCGGAUCCAGGGAUGUUGAGCCUCUUUGGUGAUGAUGCAGGGUUGUUCUCGGACGGAUUGGAUAGUUUGGGAGACUGCUUUCCCCAGCAGUCGGCCGCCGGCCAGGCCAACCCGCUAGCCCAGCCGACAAAUCCAGCUCUGAACCACGAGCACCAGGGAAAUAGGGCUUACCACCAGGGGAUGCUUCACAGCACCGGGGCCGGACCGGGGCAGUCCAAACUGGGGCCAAUGUAUGAGCACAGCCCUUACACAGGCUAUGAUCAACCGGGUGCCCCUGGAGGACGGCUGAUGGCCCAGAACGGUCCGAACCAGGGCUCACCAAAUGUGAACACGGCCAUGAAUGGCAUGACCUCCCACUACCACAAUAACCCGGCUAACCCUAGCAACCCUCACCAUGGGUACCAGGGUGAUGCUGGGGGAGCAGCGGGAGGUGGGGGUGGAGUAUGGGGCCCGCAGCAGCAGAGCAGAUCUGUGUAUCAGCAGGCUUCAGCACCAUCAGGGGCUGGUCCCAACCAGAUGGGAAGCUACCAAAUGUCUCAAGGCAAUUAUGCUGGCAUGCAAGGCCCCCCUACAUCCAGUGCAGCUCGCAUGAACCAACACUACCCUUCACAGAGCAUGGCCCCUGUUCCGGCUCAGGACCCAUCUCACUACUUAGGACAUGUUGGGAUGGGCGGGGUCCAGAUGAGACACCCCCAGCCUCAGCCGCAGCCCCAGAACUAUCCUAACAUGGGCCACACACCUCGAUACCCACACUCCCCAUCUAGACAACCUCCGCACCCCCACCAGCACCAACAGGGCAUGGCGCCGUUUGGGGGUGCUCAGUACCCUGGCUAUCAGCCCCAGUAUGCUGCCAUUGGAGCUGGGAUGGGCCAGGGGGCUAAUGCUAAUGUCAGUGCUAACACCAGCCAGGCCAUGGGAGCAGGGCAGCUGGGCCAGAGGUUCAACCAGGGAACGAGCCCUGCACCAGGGCAACAGGGACAACGAUACCCCUCUGUUCCACCCCACCAGCCCCACACUGCCUCGAUACAGCAGCAGGCAGGACAGCAAGGCCAGCCUAUGCAUCCCUUAAACCACCCGCCAAAUAUGCCCCAACCCCAAAACCAACCCCAGUCCCACCUUACCGCCCCAGCUCAGGGAUCUUACCCCUCCCCCCCAUCAAUGUCGCCUAUGCGGGUUCUGGGAACCCCAACUCCUCCUCCCCCACAGGGACGGCCCCCUAGCGCGGGACUAGCUGGGCCUCCGGAUGUUGCCGGAUACACAGCAAUGCAUUCUCCACCCAGCGCUUUGGCCCAUGCACAGAGAACUCACCAAACCCCUCUAUCUGCAGCACACCCACAAAACCAGCAACCCCAUAACAUGACUCCCAGUGCCGGGCAAAUUUAUCCUGGCUUGGGGCCUCAGCGUGGACCACAAAUCGGGCCGAAUAGGCUCCAACAACCACAAGGCCCUCAUGAAGCCUCAGUCAGCCAGGGGGGUGACCAGCGCCUGCUCCAGGCCCAACAGCAGGCCUCUCGAGGUGGGCAGCCCAUGCAGACUGCCCCUAUGGGUUUCCAGGGUGCGCCCAUUGGUCAACACGGAGCCCCCGCCCCUAACCAGGGCUUAGCUCCACCUGCCCAGAACACUCAGACGCAGCACACGCAUCUGCCCCCACACCCUCACCACCUGCAAAGCACGCCCCCUCCUCCCAACCAGGCCUCCCACCCAUGGGCACCUCAGCCACAUGCCCCCCACCCACUCUCCUCACCCCCUCUUACCCCACAGAAAGUGCCUCACAUACAGCAUUCCCCCUCAGACCUGUCAGGUGAUGCCUCAAUGAUGGUUCCUGACAGGCCAACGGUUGGUGCCGGAGCCCCCAGCCAGCCUAUCAGCACAGAGAAGCCUACUGAUCAGGAGACCAAGCCAAAAAAGAAGAAGAAGAAGAAAGCUAAAGUGGCGGAAGAAGACAAAGGCGAUGGAGGCAAGAAAGAAGCAAGGGAAGGAGGAGAUGAAGAUGUGAAGUCUGAGUUUCCUGCGACAGGAAGCAAUGCAAGUGAACAGGUUACUGGCACAGGAACUGUUGAAGGGAGUUUGCCGCCACUGGAGGAGAAGAAGAAGCGGAAAAAGAAACCAAAGGAGAAGACUGAGGGCAAGGAGCCCAAAGAGCCCAAGACCCCGAAGACCCCCAAAACACCCAAGACUCCCAAAGAUCCCAAGGAGCCCAAGGAGAAGAAAGCCAAGAGCACCACACCCAAGGCCAAGACUCCUAAGAAAACCAGCAGUAAAAAGGUGGAAUCAGAGGGCGGGGCCAAUGCUGCUAAGAAGGACGCCAAGAGGAAGAGGGAGUCGUCAGUCGGUGACGACGUGGAGGUGAAGUCUCCACUCCCCUCUCCCCCUGAAGAGGAGGACGACGAUGGUGUACAGAAGCGCCGCUCGAGCCGUCAGGUGAAGAGGAAGCGGUACACUGAGGACCUGGAGUUCAGGAUCUCUGAGGACGAUGACAGCGGAGAUGAUUCAACAACACCAAAAUCUCCUUCAUCCUCACAACAGCAGGAUCUGGCUGAGGCUGAAGGGCCCGUGGUGGAGAAGAUCAUGGGUUUACGCAGCGCCAAAAAGCAGCUGGAGUCGGGUGAGGAAGUGGAGGUGGAGGAGUUCUACGUCAAGUUCAAGGGCUUUUCGUACCUGCACUGUCGCUGGUCGGAGCUGGAGGAGCUGGAGAAGGACAAGAGGAUACACCAGAAGAUAAAGAGGUUCAAAGCCAAGCAGCUACUCAACAACUUCAUCACUGAGAUGGACGACGAGCCUUUUAAUCCAGACUAUGUGGAGGUGGACCGGGUCCUGGAUGUUUCUGAGAGCACAGAUGAAAACGGAGAGAUCGUCACCUUAUAUUUGGUGAAAUGGUGCAGUUUGCCUUAUGAAGACGCCACCUGGGAGCUGAAGGCAGACAUCGACCAAUCUAAGAUAGACGAAUACGAACGCAUCGUCGCACGAGAACCCAACACUAAGAGAGUGGAUCGGCCUUCUGCAGCCGACUGGAAAAAGCUGGAGAGCUCCAGAGAAUACGGGAAUGGCAACGCACUCAGGGAAUACCAGCUCGAAGGCCUCAACUGGCUGACUUUCAACUGGUACAACUCACGCAACUGUAUACUGGCGGACGAGAUGGGGCUCGGAAAGACCAUCCAGUCCAUUACAUUCCUGUUUGAGAUCUACUUGAAGGACAUCGAGGGCCCGUUCCUGAUCAUCGCCCCUCUCUCCACCAUCCCCAACUGGGAGAGGGAGUUCAGGACCUGGACGGAGCUGAACGUGGUGGUCUACCACGGCAGCCAGGCCAGCAGGAAAACCAUCCAGGCCUACGAGAUGUACUACAGAGACGCACAGGGUAAGAUAAUAAAAGGCGUGUAUCGCUUCCAUGCUGUCAUUACAACCUUUGAGAUGAUUCUGGCCGACUGUCCGGAGCUGCGCAGCAUCCCGUGGCGCUGCGUCGUGAUCGACGAAGCCCACCGCCUCAAAAACCGAAACUGCAAGCUGCUGGAGGGACUGAAAAUGAUGGAUAUGGAGCACAAAGUCUUGUUGACAGGAACUCCUCUGCAGAACACAGUGGAGGAGCUCUUCAGCUUGCUCAACUUCCUGGAGCCGGAGCGAUUCCCAUCUGAACAGACUUUCAUGACUGAAUUUGGAGACUUGAAGACUGAAGAACAGGUCCAGAAACUUCAAGGCAUCCUGAAGCCCAUGAUGCUUAGAAGACUGAAGGAGGACGUGGAGAAGAACCUAGCCCCCAAAGAGGAGACCAUUAUUGAGGUGGAGUUGACCAACAUCCAGAAGAAAUACUACCGGGCCAUUCUGGAGAAAAAUUUCUCCUUCCUGUCCAAAGGAGGUUCAGGAGGAAGUGGAUCAGCCAGUGUGCCCAACCUGCUGAACACCAUGAUGGAGUUGAGGAAAUGCUGCAACCACCCUUACCUCAUAAAUGGAGCCGAGGAGAAGAUCAUCGAGGAGUUUAGGGAUUCCCACGGCGGCAGGAUUGACGUGCCUGAAAUGGCCCUCCAAGCUAUGAUCCAGGCAGCGGGGAAGCUGGUGCUCAUCGACAAGCUGCUGCCCAAACUAAAAGCCGGAGGACACCGGGUUCUGAUCUUCAGUCAGAUGGUGCGCUGCCUGGACAUCCUGGAGGACUACCUCAUCCAGAGACGCUACCCAUAUGAGCGAAUAGACGGCCGGGUUCGGGGUAACCUGCGACAGGCUGCCAUCGACAGGUUCUCCAGACCGGACUCGGACCGUUUCGUCUUCCUGCUCUGCACCAGAGCCGGUGGGCUGGGCAUCAACUUAACGGCAGCGGACACGUGCAUCAUCUUUGACUCUGACUGGAACCCCCAGAAUGACCUGCAGGCUCAGGCCAGAUGUCAUCGUAUCGGCCAGUCCAAGUCUGUGAAGAUCUACCGUCUGAUCACCAGGAACAGCUACGAGAGGGAGAUGUUUGACAAGGCCAGUUUGAAGCUUGGGCUCGAUAAGGCCGUCCUCCAGAGCAUGAGCGGCCGAGAGAAUGCAAACAGUGGGGUCCAACAAUUAUCCAAGAAGGAGAUAGAGGACCUACUGAGAAAAGGUGCCUAUGGAGCGUUGAUGGACGAAGAAGACGAAGGCUCGAAAUUCUGCGAGGAGGACAUCGACCAGAUCCUCCAGAGACGGACCCACACCAUCACCAUCGAAUCUGAGGGCAAGGGCUCCACUUUUGCCAAGGCCAGUUUUGUUGCAACAGGAAACCGGACAGACAUUUCUCUGGAGGACCCAGACUUCUGGCAGAAAUGGGCCAAGAAAGCCGAGCUGGACAUGGACGCCAUCAACGGCCGGAACACGCUGGUGAUCGACACACCCAGGGUGAGGAAGCAGACGCGGCACUACAGCAGCGUAAAAGAGGAUGAAAUGCUCGAGUUCUCUGAGCUGGAGAGCGACGACGACGAGCCCAGCAAGCCUUCCUCCAAACCACGACGGCCUCAAGACAAAGCCCAGGGCUACCCCCGCUCCGAGUGCUUCAGGGUGGAGAAGAACCUGCUCGUCUACGGUUGGGGCAGGUGGAGCGACAUCCUCGCUCACGGCCGCUUCAAGCGCCCCUUGAAGGAGGCAGACGUGGAAACGAUCUGCAGGGCCCUGCUGGCCUACUGUCUGCUGCAUUACCGCGGAGACGAGAACAUCAAGAGUUUCAUCUGGGACCUGAUCACCCCGAGUGAAGACGGCACCACCAGAACGCUGACCAAUCACUCUGGCCUCUCCACCCCUGUUCCAAGGGGCAGGAAGGGCAAGAAGGGGAAGAUGACUGCUCCUCCUCCUCAGACGCCGCGAGCUGAUUGGCUGGCCACCUGCAACCCCGACCAUCUACUGCAGGAGGAUAGCUACAAGAGGCACCUGAAGCAUCACUGUAACAAGGUUUUGCUGAGAGUCCGGAUGUUGUACUAUCUGCGACAGGAAGUCAUUGGAGACCAGGCUGAGCGCAUUCUGGAGGGAGCUGACUCCAGCGUGUUGGAUAUCUGGAUCCCUCAGCCGUUCCACGCUGAGGUCCCGGCUGACUGGUGGGACACGGAGGCUGACAAGUCCCUGCUCAUCGGCGUCUUCAAACACGGCUAUGAGAAGUACAACUCCAUGCGUGCCGACCCUGCCCUGUGCUUCUUGGAGCGAGUGGGCAUGCCAGACGCCAAAGCGAUUGCCGCUGAGCAGAGGGGCGCUGACAUGAUGGCAGAUGGUGUUGAGGGGGAGGAUGAGGAUCCGGAGUACAAACCGAUGAGAAUGCCGUUUAAAGAUGACUUGGACGAUUUCACCAACUCUCCACUGGAUGACAAAGACGACGCAGUUGAAGGCGAGACCGACGUCAAAUCGGGUGAAAACGGGCAAACUGUACCCUCUGUGGGCGGAGCUUCUGGCUCCAGCGAGCGCCUUUAUUGGCCCGCGGCCUCGGCCCUGACAGCCAGGCUGCGGCGUCUGAUCACGGCUUACCAGCGCUCCAACCGUAGAGAGCAGCUCCGUCAGGAGGCGCUCAACAGACCCGAUGGCCGCCGCCGCCGACGCAGGGAGUUCCUGCCAUCCAUCGCCAUGGUUCCUGAAGCGGGCGGAGGAACGACGUACAUCCAGGAUGCCACGGGGGUGUUCAUGACAGAAGGAAGCCCAUAUUUGGCUAAAGGAAGUGCUUAUUUUGCCAAAGGCGGCCAGUUCCUGCCAGAGGCUUCACCGGUGAUGACGGCCGGCUCCCUGAUGUCUGAUGGGUCCCUAUAUUAUAGAGAGAGGAGACAAAGAUGGACGCGCCGCGAGGAGGCAGAUUUCUACCGUGUGGUCUCCACCUUUGGAGUCGUCUUUGACACGCAGCGUCAGAAGUUUGACUGGACACAGUUCAGAGCGUUUGCCCGCCUGGACAAGAAAACGGACGAGAGCUUGGAGAAAUAUUACUACUCGUUCAUUGCCAUGUGCAAACGGGUCUGCAGAAUGCAGGUCAAGACGGAGACAGAACUGCCAGACCCGACCCUGAUCAUCGACCCCAUCACAGAGGAGCGUGCCUCCCGCACCCUGUACCGCAUCGAGCUGCUGCGCCGCAUCAGGGAGCAGGUCCUUCCUCACCAGCUGCUGUCCGAGCGCCUCAAGCUCUGCCAGCCCUCCCCUGACCUGCCCGAGUGGUGGGAGUGCGGACGCCACGACCGCGACCUCCUCCUGGGGGCCUCCAAGCACGGCGUCAGUCGCACAGAUUAUCACAUCCUCAACGACCCCACCCUGGGCUUCCUGGAGGCCCACCAGCGCUUCACCAGCCAGCGAGGGCCUGGCGCCGCCGCCCUCGGAGAACUCUGCAGAGCCGGGAUGGGGCCCGCAGAAACGGCCUCGGCUCCGCUCCUCACAGCUGCCGAGCUGGAGAGCGCUGCCGCCGCCGCAAGAAUGGCUGUGGACGCCGCUAAGGAGGAGGAGGAAGAAGGGAAGGAUAUAAAGACGGAGGACGAGAAAGCAGAAGCGGAGGUGAAAAUGGGAGCAGAGGAAGGAGACGGCAGCGAUAGUCCACGUGUGAAGACCGAAGCCCUGGAGCAAAAGGGAAGUCAGGGCGGCGCCGAGGAAGACAAGGACGAGGCGUCCGCUUCACCGAUGAAGGUCGAAACGGACGCCGUUCCGCCAAAGGUUGAAAAAGAGGAUCAGGAAGUAAAAGCAGAAAGCCCGACGACGGAUGACCAACAGCACGACCUGACGAAGCAGAAGAGCAGCACAAGUCCUGAGUCUGAGCUGAGCAACGAGAACGAGCCUCGCUCUGAGCUCCCAGACUCCUCGGCUAAAGCACAGGUUGGCCCCAAGGCUGCGGAGGAGGAGGAGGACGGCGAGGAGAAGGACACUUCAGAACCUCUGAAAUCUCCCAAGUCUGCGGAAACGGAGAAAAGCCCCGAGGAGGAAGAGGAGGAGAGGCUGGAUGAAGACGACAAAUCAGAGAAGUCUUCCCAGGCUGAAGCGAGCGCCGGGCAGAAGAACUUUGACGAGGAGAGCAUCGCUUCCCUGAGCACGUCCGUCCGGGACGAGACCAGAGACGAGUUCUGUCCCGACGAGCUGCAGGAAACCUCCGUGCUGCACGCCAUGCAGGACCGCGCCUACGCCUUCUCCUUCUGGCCUAAGGAUCGAGUGAUGAUCAACAGGCUGGACAACAUUUGCGAGGCCGUCCUGAAGGGCAAGUGGCCCGUCAACAGACGCCACAUCUUCGACUUCCCUGGCAACCUGUUGCCGGGUCACGGCUCCACCGCAUCAGCAGCAGCAGCCGCCGUGGCCAUGGUGAGCGAGAGUCCUCUGCAGAGGCGGAGCCUGGCCAAGCUGACCAUGGCUGGUAUCCACACGCCUUACAGCGGGGGGGAAGACAAGACGCUGUCUCCACAGGUUCAUGAGGACGCCCUGAGCUUGACGGUGCCCCGACAGAGGAGGAGGAGGAGGAAGAAGAUCGAGAUCGAGGCCGAAAGAGCAGCGAAGAGGCGCAACUUGAUGGAGAUGGUGGCUCAGCUGAGAGAGAGCCACGCGGCGGCGGAGUCUCAGAACCAGGCCAUAGACCUCACCAAGGGUGUGCACCAUCACCACAAGGCUUCGCCCUCAUUGGCUGGCUUCCCCAGUGCCUUGAUGACCAACCCUUCCCUCAAAGCCCAGAUGGAUUUGCUCCAGCAAGUCCCGCCCUCCGGACACCGAGCCAACGGCUCAUUGGACGCCGACCUGCCCAUCAUGAGGAGGAGGCGGGGCCGCAGGAAAAAUGUGGAGGGCCUGGAGCUGCUGUUCAUGGGCAACAAGAGGGCAGGAGGGGAGGAUUCUGAUGGGACAAAGAUUUCAGGCGUGGAGGGGGUUCAGGAUGCUGCCCCCCAAUCCCACAGACCAAUCGCUGUCCCUGAGCAGAGCCCCAACGCCCGCUCUCUGGCCUCAGGCAGCAUGGAGGAGGAGGAGGCACCAGUUUCCAGCAAAGACCUUGGAGAGUGGCUGAGACAGCACCCCACAUACACCAUGGACAUGACAGGAUUCACACCAAAGAACGAGGAGGUGCUGUUGUCUCAGUUCUCUAAGCCCAAGCAGAAGCGCCAUCGCUGUCGAAAUCCCAACAAGAUCGACAUCAACACGCUGACCGGGGACGAGCGAGUCCCUGUGGUCAACAGACGAAAUGGACGUAAGAUGGGCGGGGCCAUGGCUCCACCAAUGAAGGAGCUUCCCAGGUGGUUACUGGAGAACCCAGAGUUCUCCAUCGCUCCUGAUUGGACAGACAUCGUCAAACAGUCGGGUUUCCUCCCAGAAGCCAUGUUUGACCGCCUCCUGACCGGCCCUGUGGUCAGAGAGGAAGGGGUCCGUCGUCGAGGGCGGCGACCCAAAUCUGAGAUAGCAAAGGCGGCGGCCGCCGCCCAGGCUGCAGCGGCAGCCCAGGCCGCGCAGGCGUCCCUGGCUUCAGCCGCUUCAUCUGCAGGAGGAAUCAACCCUCUGCUGCUGAACAGCCUGUUUGGAGGGAUGGACCUGUCGUCUCUGCAGAGCCUCCAGUCUCUCCAGUUGGCUGCCGGUCUGAUGGCCUUCCCUCAUGCUGACCCCAAGCAGUCCGCUGCCAACGCCGCCGCCGCCUCCAUGCUGCCCCUCAUGAUCCCCGGCAUGGGAGGCCUGCCCAACAUGGCCGCCGCCAUCCCCAACAUGUUCAGUCUGGGCGGGCUGUUUGGAGGCAACCUGGCAGCGGCUGCUGCUGCGUCCAGCGCCUCGUCCGGAAACACCAACGGGACAUCGGAGGCAGAGGGAGGAAACGGGGAGGAGACGGCCAAGAGAAAGAGAGAGGGAGAGGAGAAGGAGGCGGGAGAAGAUGGAGACGAGAUGGGGGAGGAGGACGAGGACGAAGAGGCGGAGGGAGAUGAGGAUGGUGUAAAAAAGGGCAAGAAGAGGAAGAUGGAGGGCGAGGCUGCUUCAGAAAAGUCAGAGAAAUCAGCCGGAGACGUGAGCGGCGCGGCCAAGAUGGCCGCCGCCGAGGCUCCAGCUGACGUCUCCAUCAACGGCGACGCCGCCGCCCUGCUGGCCGCCGCCGGCAUGUCGGCCGCCGGCAUGUCGGCCAACUCGCUGGCGUUCAACCCCUUCCUCCUCUCCACCAUGGCCCCCGGCCUCCUCUACCCCUCCAUGUUCCUCCCUCCGGGCCUCGCCGGGCUCAGCCUGCCGGGCUUCCCCACCGCCUCCCUCGCCGAACUGCAGAGCGCCAUGGCCGGGGCGCUGGGGGAGAGCGGCUCCACCCCCAACCCCCCAAGAGAGGAGGAGGAGGAGGAGAAGAGGGACGCUGGGAAGGCUGCAGGAGAGGAGGAGGAGGACGACGAAGAGGAGGAGGGCGAGGAGACGGACUUUGCGGAGCAGAAAGAGGAAGGAGGGAUGGGAGAAGCGGCGGAGGAGUCGGCAGCGUCUCCUCAGAACGGAGCGAGUGACUGAAGCGGAAAACAAACAAACUGACUGGCCUUGAACAUUUCCUCCCUCUGUUGCACGUUUACACGCCUCCAACAGAAAUAUCCAAACUAUUACCAAGCUCGUUUUUGUUUUUCCUUUUGGCUUUUGUUGACGAUUUCUAUUUUGCUUUUUUGUCGUUUGACCAGGUGUAUUUACUAUGCGUCAGAGAGGACGAGGUGUGUUUGUAUUAAGUUAAAUCUCUCUGAUCGAUAGUGUAGUCAGGGAAAAAUCCUCUUCUUCAAAGACUGUUUCCUUCUCUGCGGGCGGCGCCAGCCGUGAACUCUGCGCCCGCCUCUUUCCUUUUUCCACCAAUAGGACUUCACAUGUUUCCAGUAAUACUAUUGUUCUAAUUAAUAUUAUUAUUAUUAUUGCUGCUUUCAGCUCUCCAGUCAUUUAUGCCUCCCCUCUUCCUUUUGUCCGGACCGAUUUGUUGUCUUCGGCAGCGUCUCAUCCAAACCAGAAGAAGCUUCUUCUGGCGUCAGUUCUCAAGAAAUAGUCAGGAAAAAAAAAACAAAACAAAAAAAAAAAAAAAAACAGCAUUACGGCUCAUCCUGCUGUCUGUCUGAUAACGCUGCUGCAAAACGAAUCGCUAGAGCUGCUCUGUUCUGGAGCAGAUGUUGUUUUAAGUUCUCACAUAUCAGACCAGGUAGACUCUGAUGAGGAAAACGAACCAGACUCUCUCUCUCUCUCUCUCUCUCUCUCUCUUUCUCUCUAACAUCCAGGCGUAUACUUGAUGAAGAGCAGCACACGCAUUCAGGAGGCUACCACUACACACUAACCCCUCAUAGGUCACGUGACUGUUUCUCCUGUCUUUCCUUUCCUCUUAUUGACUGUAGGCGUGCGCUCGGUGCACGCUGAAUCGAUACUGUUAAACCCAGUCCCACACUGAAAACCAGCCUGGAGUCUGUCCUACUGCCACAUCCAAAUUGGCGUCUCUGUUCUUUUUGGGGAGGCGGCUGCUUAUUUUUUUUUUGGUGGCGGGGGGCGGGGGGGGUGCCGGGCGGGCUGGGUCCUGCCGCCGGGUCCGGCCUUUCUGACCAGUCCGCUUCAUGCUGCCAAAAACCCAGCCGCCCCUGUGCAGAGAAAGGGGGCCUUCGUGAAUGAAUUUGGAGCGGCGGUCCAAACAGGGAUGUGAUGUUUUCAGGUUAGUCCUUUUUUUAAAAAGGGGGGCACAUGAGAUAUUUUAUUUUUUUCUUUCCCGGUUGCUGCCCCGCGACGUGUUGCUCUAAACUUGCUUGGUGUUCCCGGUAGCUCCAGACGGAGCGCUGCUCCCUGUAGUCGUCCUCUCUAUAAAGACUGUUGCUUUUAGUCACAUACACUGACACCAGGCCUGGCCACACAAACAGGACUGAGACAGGAAGUUUCUACAUGUAAUUCAACUCUGCUCGCUAAGUUUUUAAAUACUUGAAAGCACGAGUGGUGCCCCCUCCUCCAAAAAAACAAAAAAGGCCAGUUCUAGUGUCGGAGAAGAAAAAAGUGCUGCAAGUGGUUCAAAUAUUUAAAAGUACAUUAAAACACAAAGCGCUGCGGCCAGGGAGAGAAGCGAGUCGGAGGUCGACCCCCCCCGCCGCCGCCGCCGCCCCGCCACGAAGAUCCCGGUUCUCCUCUGUAACGCUGAGUCAGCAAUAACCGAGGCAGCUUUUGAAUGUUCCAACAUCACUCUCCCAACACGCUCACCCCAUGAAUAACCACAAGUGUCGUAUGAGUAGAGAAGCAAACUGUAAAUGAGGACAAAUAAGUACUGCAAUCAAUUUUUGUCUCACUCUUUUCCUGUUGAUGCACUGGUGUUAAAGAGUAAAGUUAAUCAGGUACCUUUAUUACUUAGCUACUUUUCUUGAAAAAAAAAGGACAUUUUGUUACUUUUAGCCAGCAAGCUGAAGAGCAUUACCUCAAAAUUCUUAUCUAGCCUUGAAGUUUACAGACAUACCAUGUAAAUGUUUUUGUUUUUUUUCCUUUUUUCUUUUUUGGUUUGUGUAUUUUUUCUUUGUUUUUGUUUUUUUUGAGACAUCAUAUAUGAUGACUUGUAGCUAUGAUGCUUUUAAUAAAAGUGAAUCAUGAUAUUCGCCUAGGAAACCAA